AGAAAGUAUGAGCGAAAUCGAUUUUUUGGCUGUGUCCGCGAUUUUGAUGAUCAUAACUGGUUUACUGACAAUGACUCUUAAAUUUCUAAAUUUACACUCCGACAAGAUGCAUUCAGGAUAAUUGUUUUCAUUGAGCUCAGGCUCUAACCUUUAACGUUCUGUGUUUCUCACUGACUCGUCUUGAUGGACAAUCUGAUGCACACCAAACAAUGAAAGAAAGACGAGAACUUGACGACGGUUUAUCAUUCUUCGAACAGAGCUGAAAAACAAUCCAGCCAGCUGUCGCUACUUCAUUUGACGGAGCAGUGACAUUUUAGGACAGUCUCUGCUUCCAGUCUCAUUGAGGUUAAGAUGUGAAAUGAAAGGCAAUUUGUGGCGCAAGCUGAUUGGUCACUUUCGUUGGUUGAGCCACUUGAGAAACUAUUUGGGCAAAAAGGAGGCGCACAGCAGGAACAAAGAUCAGUCGUGCAAAUCUCUGAAUCGGUCAAUCUUUUCGCGCGAAAGACGGUAUCAAGCCGAAAAGUUAUUCCGCCUUCGCUAGAACAUAUAAAUAGAGUGAGGUUACUAAGUGAGCAAAUCAGCUAGAAGAAACCGAACGGAAAUGUCGGACAACGUAAACACAACGAUGAAUGCAACACAGUCAUCGAGCUGCCCCAGCAAUUCUACAGUAGAAAAAAUUGCAACGAUCUUUCCUUACUGUCUGAUUUUUCUUGUUUCGCUGGCUGGGAACACCGUCAUCGGAAUAAUUGUCUUCAAGACGCAGACCAUGAGAAAACCCAUCAACUUUUUCAUUGUAAACAUGGUCAUGUCCGAUCUGCUGUAUCAGAUAAUCAAGAUUCCUCAGCUUAUACAAGUACUCUAUAUAGACUCCUGGCUGAUCGAUGGUGCUCUUGGCCAGGCCUUAUGUAAGCUGGUUUACUUCUUGAAAGGUGUUUCCCAUCUUGUGUCUAUUCAAAGCCUGGUUCUGAUAGCAGUGGAUCGAUUUGGUGCUGUGGUAUUUCCUCUCCGUUCUCCACUCAUCUCUUCAAAGUUGUGCCCGUUGUUCAUUACCGCUUCUUGGAUCGUCGCGAUAGCUGUUAACUCCCCAAAGCUCUUAAUAUUAAAACUUGUUGAAUAUCCAGAAAAACUGGUUUGUAAGCGACGUUGGAAUGAAGUUUUUGGAGAAUCCUCAUCCCCUGAGAAUUAUCGCUUGUCCUUUUUAGUUGUAUUCACUUUUAUCCCGUUGGUGUUGCUAGCCAUAGUUUACAUUAUCAUCUAUCUAAAGCUCAAGUCACAGAAGAUUCCAGGCGCGCAAUCAGCCAACGCUGGACAACAACGCCAGCGAAGGGAGCGAAAUGUGUUAAAAAUGGCCAUUGCUAUAGUGUUAGGGUUUGCAAUGUGCAGGCUUCCUCUCGCUAUCUGGCUUAUUCUCCUCAUGUUUACGGACACCAUCAUAUGGCCGAAUUGUGCCUUCCGAUACUCUUUCUAUAUUGUCCAUUUAAUGGCUCUGGUAAAUUGUGUCAUAAAUCCUUGUAUCUGUUUUAUUUUCAGCAGAAAUUAUCGUAAAGAACUUAAGGCUCUCGUUAGAUAAAUUAUUUGACUUCCGCGGUAGGAGGGUUUGCGUAAGGGUUUGCGUUGAUGCGGUUUUGCGUUAUUUUUAGUGCGGUUUUGCGGAAAUCUUUAUUUCAACCUGCGGCAUUGCGGUUUAAUAAGACUAAGCGGCUUGCGGUUUUCAUAAAUUUUCUAUCGCGGUAAUCGGUG